AUGGCUGAGAGCAGAGUUGGAACCGAUGGAGUGGAGGAGCCCACCAGUUCACUUCCAGAGCUGAAGGUUGACAAUGGGAAACCAGAUGCCUCUGGUGACUUAUCCAUGUCCAAGGACCAUCUCACCAAGGGGUUGGAUGUGGAUUCCAAGUCUACAGAGUCGGAAUUGGAAGUUAGCACAGUGGUUAAAUGGCCACAACUGGAUGAUUCUCUGAGUGAGUUAAUCAUGCUGGACAAGGUGGAACCGCAGCCAGGGAUGUCGGGGAUGUCUUGGAAGUACCGAUUUCCUUUCACACCCGACAAGGAGUCCACCACCAUCUCACCUGACACAUGCCCCAAGGGCUGGAUUUCUGCCAUUGCCACCAAGCUGAAGGGUCACACCGCUGAUUGGUAUGUCCAUCUCCUUGAUGCUGACUCCCCUGUGCUAGACACUAUCGACGACUUUCUAUGGGCUUUAAGAAUGCAUUUUGAGGACCCGUUGGCUAUGGCAAGGGCCAAGAAGGCACUGAGAACCCUUACCCAGGGCCAGAUGUCCAUGGCUGAAUAUGCGUUGGAGUUCAAGGCAUCAGCCGUUUGGAAAUGUGACAUGAGAAACUGCAUUAUUGGUGACCCUCUCCCUAUUCCUCACAACUAUUUCCAACCUGGUGACCUCAUCAUUGGUGGCAUUACCUCUCUUAUGUUCAUGGCUACAGAAAUAGAUAGCUUCUCUGAAGAUCCCCAUCUUUCUUUUAUUGAUGAAGCUGUUUCUGAAUGGAAUAAGAAUUUAAUUUACUUCAGUUUACUAGUUGAAGAUGAAGAGAUCCUGACAGUAUGUCACAAAAAUGCUACUGUUGAAACAACAUGUUUCAGCAUGAUAAAAAAGAAAAAGCAUCUCAAUGCAUUAGUCCAGACAAAGUUUUAUCAGCAUAUUUUGGCUUUGAUAUUUGCUGUGAAGGAGGUCAAUGAAAACCCUCAGAUCUUGCCCAAUGUCACCUUGGGCUUCAAGAUCUUUGACAACUAUGACAGAAGAAGGACUUAUCAUGCCACAAUGGACCUUUUUUCACCUCCAAAGAGAAUGACCCCCAAUUAUAAAUGUGGCAUCCAGAACAACCUGGUGUCAGUCAUUGGCGCUCUUUAUUCUGAAACCUCCAUUGACAUGGCAGAUAUCUUGAGAAUCCACAAACUUCCACAGUUUAUAUACGGGUCAUGUCCAGAGAUGCAGGAUCAAAGUGAAUCCUUUUCCUUCUACCAGAUGGUCCCAGAUGAACAUGUUCAGUACCAAGGACUUCUUCAGCUGCUUGUGCACUUCAUGUGGACCUGGGUUGGGAUCCUUGUGAGGAAAGAUGAUGAUGGGAGAUUUGCAAGGAUGGCAUCUUCAACUUUUCCUCUUCAUGGCAUUUGCAUUGCCUUUUUAAAAAUAAUCAAACCAUUUUACAUUAAUAGUUUAUUUAAGGAUCUGGAGUGGCUAGUAGAAACAUUUUUUCUCUCUAUGAACAGCAAAGCUAAUGCAGUAAUUGUCUAUGAAAAAACUCUUCUACAUCUGAGGUUGUUGUUGUAUCUUCCUCGAAUGGAACUAGUGUCUAUGGAGCCUAAAGGUAAGGUGUGGAUCAUGGCCUCCCAAAUGGAUCUUGCAUCAGUGUUUUACCAAAGGAGCUGGGAUAUUCAAGACAUCCACGGUUCCCUGUCCUUUUCAGCUUACAGCAAUGAAGUCCCAGGAUUUCAGCAAUUUGUUCAGGCAAGGGACCAUUUCUUAUCAAAAGAAGAUGGAUUUAUCAAAGAUGUGUGGGUACAUGCAUUCGACUGUACAUUUCCCAGUCCCUUGGUGAAUGAGAAAGAUAGUGGCAUCUGCACUAUGAGGGAGAAACUGGAGAACCUUCCUGGGGCUUUUUUUGAAAUGAGCAUGACUGGCCAUAGUUACAAUAUCUACAAUGCAGUGUACAUUGUAGCUCAUGCUUUACAUGCCAUGCACAUGGAACAAAAACACAAUGGAAUGCCACAUGCAGGGAAAUUGCAUAUUCAGGAGCAACAGCCUUGGCAGCUCCACCGGUUUCUGAAAAGGAUCUCAUUUAAUAACAGUGCUGGGGAUAGGAUUCUGUUUGAUCAGAGGAGGGAAUUGAUAGUUGGAUUUGAUAUUAUAAACUGGGUCACAUUCCCAAACCAAUCCUUCCAUCGAGUGAAAGUUGGGAAACUGGAUCCCUGGGUUGAAGAGGAAAAGUUCACCAUCCAUGAGGAAGCCAUCACCUGGCCCAGAACUUUCAACCAAACUGUACCUGUUUCGGUGUGUACUGAGAGCUGCCUCCCAGGUACUUUCAAAAGAAAGCAGGAGGGGAAGCCGUUUUGCUGCUCUGAUUGCUUUCCAUGUCCCAGAGAGAAAAUUUCAAGCCAGAAGGACAUGCCUGAUUGUUCUGCAUGCCCAGAAGAGCAGCAUCCAAGCAAGGACCAAGAUUCAUGUCUUCCCAAGAAAAUAUCUUUCUUAUCCUAUGAAGAACCAAUGGGAAUAAGUCUAGUCAUUCUGGCACUUUUUUUUUCUCUCUGCACACUUGUGGUGCUGGCAACAUUUGUGAAGUACCACCAUACUCCCAUUGUCAAGGCCAAUGACCGAAAUCUGACUUACAUUCUACUUGUCUCCCUCUUCCUCUGCUUCCUUUGCUCGCUGCAGUUCCUCAUUUCACCUGGCAUUAUAGUAUGCCUCCUCCGACAAAUCAGUUUUGGCAUCAUCUUCUCAGUGGCUGUGUCUUCUGUGCUUGCAAAAACCAUCACUGUGGUUCUGGCUUUCAUGACCACCAAGCCAGGAUCCAGGAUGAGGAAGUGGCUGGGAAGAGGACUGGCCACCUCCAUUGUUCUUUCUUGUUCCCUGAUUCAGGCAGGCAUCUGCACAGCAUGGGUCUUCACCUUUCCACCUUUCCCUGAUGUUGACACCUAUUCAGAAAUUGAGGAAAUCAUCCUGCAGUGCAAUGAAGGCUCAGCUACGAUGUUCUACUGUGUCCUGGGCUACAUGGGCUUUCUGGCGGCUGCCAGUUUCACUGUAGCUUUUCUCUCCAGGAAGCUCCCCAGCAGUUUCAAUGAGGCCAAAUGUCUCACGUUCAGCAUGCUGAUCUUCUGCAGUGUGUGGCUCUCCUUUGUGCCAUCCUACCUGAGCACCAAAGGAAAAGACAUGGUGGCUGUGGAGGUUUUCUCCAUUUUGGCCUCUAGUGCUGGGUUGCUAGGCUGCAUAUAUUUCCCCAAAUGUUACAUAAUCCUCUUUAGGCCAGAUCUCAACAAUAGAGAACAACUCAUUAAGAGAAAACAUUAG